UGUUUGACUGCUGGGACUCUCUUUUACUUGAUAAAUUAUAUUUUUUGUGAACAUUUUUUAGCAGCUAAGUUUGAAUAUUCGACCUGGAAUAUUGUGUCUGCCCUGCAGUGCAAUAGGACACAACAUAAUGGCGCUACUCUUUGUCCUCACGUUUGGGUUUUUCAUCCUGCAAUCCGUCCAAGGAGCUGUGAGCUAUUCUCUUCCCGAGGAGAUGAAACGUGGAUCUAUAAUCGGGAACAUUGCUAAGGAUCUGGGCCUUGAUUCAGGCAAGCUCGCCGCUCGCAAAGCCCGCAUCGACACGGAGAAUAGCAAUGUGAAAUGCUGCGGAAUUAAUCUCAGUACCGGAGACUUGGUUGUGCAAGAAAGGAUCGACAGAGAGGGGCUGUGUGCAAAAAAGCCGUCUUGUGUGCUGAAACAGGACCUUUUUCUGGAAAACCCGCUGGAACUGCAUCGCAUUAACAUCCGUGUUCAGGAUAUAAAUGAUAAUUCACCACAGUUUAAAGAAAAUUCUCUAAAAUUGGAAAUCCAUGAAUCUGCUGACAAGGGUGCACAUUUUCUUUUGGAUGAGGCACAUGAUGCAGAUAUUGGUGAAAAUGCUGUCCAGGACUACUCCCUUCAGAAGAAUGACUUUUUCUCAUUAAAUGUCAAAACAAAGGGAACUGGACGUAAAUAUAGUGAAUUAGUACUCGAUAAAGAAUUAGACAGAGAAAAUCAAAAUGAAAUAAUACUUCUUCUGACUGCAUAUGAUGGCGGCUCUCCCCGGAGAUCAGGUACAGUAGUCAUACAUGUCACUGUGCUGGAUGCUAAUGAUAAUGUACCAGUGUUUAGUCAGACAGUCUAUAAAGCCAGUCUGCCUGAAAACUCUCCUCCUGAUACAUUGGUGAUCACAGUGACUGCUACUGACCCUGAUGAUGGAGUAAAUGGAGAUGUUUUCUAUGGAUUUGACAAUGUUGAUGAACAUCAAGUUUUCUCUCUCAGUCCGAAAACAGGUGACAUCAAAGUGUUAGGUUCCAUUGAUCAUGAAAGGGAAACAUCCUAUGAGCUUCAAAUAAGUGCCAAAGAUGGUCUAGGAUUGGCCUCAUAUGCCACAUUAAUUAUAGAAAUCAUUGACACAAAUGACAACGCUCCAAUUAUUUACUUGAAAUCGCUGAAUGACCCAGUACCAGAAAAUGUGUCACCUGGUACAGAGGUGGGGAUUAUCAAUGUUCAGGAUAGAGACUCUGAGAAGAAUGGACAGGUCCGCUGUUCGAUUCAACAAAAUGCCCCUUUUAAGUUAGUUCCUUCUAUUAAAAACUAUUAUUCUCUGGUGACUACUGGACAACUGGACCGUGAACUAGUGUCUGAUUACAACAUUACAAUCAGUGCCACUGACGAGGGCUCUCCUCCUCUGUCCUCCUCUAAAAGUCUUCACUUAUCUGUAGCAGACAUCAACGACAACCCACCUGUGUUUGAGGAACAGUCCUACAGUGCAUAUGUGAGUGAAAAUAACAAAGCUGGCUCCACUUUAUGUUCUGUUAGUGCUCGAGACCCCGACUGGAGACAGAACGGUACCGUGAUUUAUUCUCUGUUAGCCGCUGAGGUGAAUGGUGCCCCGGUGUCCUCCUAUGUAUCUGUUAACGGAGACACAGGUGUGAUCCACGCUGUCAGAUCGUUUGAUUAUGAACACUUGAGGAGUUUUAAAGUCCACGUCAUGGCCAGAGACAACGGUUCUCCUCCACUGAGCAGCAACGUGAGUGUCAGUGUGUUCAUAUCGGAUGUGAAUGACAACUCUCCUCAGAUACUGUACCCCUCCCCAGAGGGUAACUCCUUCAUGACCGAGCUGGUCCCCAAAGCUGCACACGGAGGCUCUGUGGUGUCCAAAGUGAUAGCGGUGGAUGCAGACUCCGGACAGAACGCCUGGCUGUCCUAUCAUAUAGUCAAGUCCACUGAUCCGGGACUUUUCACCAUUGGUCUCCACAGUGGAGAGAUCAGGACCCAGCGGGACAUUUCUGAAUCUGACAGCAUGAAACAGAACCUGAUUGUGGCAGUGAAAGAUAACGGACAGCCCCCUCUCUCUGCCACCUGCUCCAUGUAUUUACUUAUUUCUGAUAACUUGGCUGAGGUGCCAGAACUAAAGGACAUUUCUUAUGAGGAGAAGAAUUCCAAACUGACGUCUUAUCUGAUCAUCGCGCUGGUGUCUGUGUCCACCUUCUUUCUGACCUUCAUCAUCAUCGUCCUGGGUGUGAGGUUUUGUCGCAGGAGAAAGCCCAGACUGUUGUUUGAUGGAGCAGUUGCCAUCCCCAGCGCGUAUCUGCCUCCUAAUUACGCAGAUGUUGACGGCACAGGAACUUUACGCAGCACCUACAACUAUGACGCCUACUUGACAACAGGUUCUAGAACCAGUGACUUUAAGUUUGUGUCUUCUUACAAUGACAACACGCUGCCUGCUGACCAGACUCUGAGGAAAAGUCCUUCUGACUUUGUUGAUCUUCACGAUUCGUUCGACCCUCUGGAGGUAGGAACCUUUACAAUAUAA